AUGCGAGAAUUGAAUAUAUUUGCUCAAUCUUAUCAAAUGAUGGGAGAAGAAUUAGAAAAUCAACAACGAUUAGAAAUAGAAUCUGGAGAAUUAUUGCCAGAAUUACAAUUAUUAUUUACAUUAAGACCAGGUAUGGAUCAACGUCGAUAUAAUGCUCAAAGAACUAAUGAAGUAGCAGCUGUUUUUUGUACUACUGCUGAUGGAGAAAUUCCAGAAUCAUAUGUAACAAUACGUAAUAAAAGUACCAAAAUUUUACAAAAUGUUAGUACUAUGGAUCCAAAUGUUGAACCAUGGAUAUAUCCCUUAUUUUAUCCAUAUGGCACUCAAGGAUGGCAUUGCAAUUUAACAAAAUUAAAUAGUAAUAAACGAAUAACUAGAGGCCAGUAUAUUAAAUAUCGCAUGGCUAUUCGCGAUGAAUUUAACGUGUUUUUAUUAGGUCGUCGUUUAUUUCAACAAUGGCUUGUAGACAAUUAUGUAAAAAUUGAAAAAGAUAGAAUAAAUUAUUGUAAAGAUCAUCAAAAAGAAUUGCGUACUGAAACAUAUCAAGGUUUAAGAGAUUAUAUAACUAAUAUGGCAAAUAAUUUAAAUGGACGUAUUGGAAAGAUGGUUAUACUUCCAUCCUCAUUUAUUGGAUCACCUCGUAAUAUGUUACAAAAUUAUCAAGAUUCAAUGGCAAUUGUUAAUAAAUUUGGUAAACCAGAUCUUUUCAUUACAAUGACUUGCAAUCCAAAAUGGCGCGAAAUCGAAGAAAAUCUUUUACAAGGACAACAAGCUUCUGAUAGACCUGAUAUUUGUGCACGUGUUUUUAAUAUUAAAAAGGAUUAUUUAAUUGAUUUAAUUGUAAAGCAAAAGUUUUUUGGAGAAGUAGCUGCAUUUGUAUAUGUUAUUGAAUUUCAAAAACGCGGUUUACCACAUGUUCACAUAUUAGUUACUUUAAAAUACAAUUUUAAAAUAACAACUCCACAGAUUGUUGACAAAUAUAUUUCUGCUGAAAUUCCUGAUCCAUGUAAAAAUCAUAUUUUACAUGACAUAGUUAUGAGAAACAUGAUUCAUGGACCUUGUGGAAAUUGGUGUUUGAUAGAUGGAAAAUGUUCGAAACAUUAUCCUAAAUCAUAUCUUGAAGAGACUAAAAUGGAUGAAGAUGCUUAUCCUUACUAUCGUCGGCGAAAUAAUGGCAAGAGUUUUGAACGUCCUGGUGGAUAUAUAGUUGACAAUCGUUAUGUAGUUCCGUAUUGUCCUAUUUUAUCGAUUAUUUUUAAUUGUCACAUAAAUGUUGAGAUAGUUUCAAGUAUCAAAUCAGUUAAAUAUCUGUAUAAGUAUAUUUAUAAGGGACACGAUGCCGCUGCUAUAACAAUUGAGCCAAUAACAGAUAAUAUAAUUAUUGAUCAUGAUGAAAUACGAAAUUUUAUAGAAACUCGAUAUGUUGGACCUGUAGAAGCCUGUUGGCGUAUUCUCGAAAAAAAAUUACAAGAUAAAAGUCAUACUAUAGUACGUUUGCCAGUCCAUCUUCCGAACGAACAAAAUGUUAUAAUUGAAAAUGAAGUUAUUGAAGAAGCAAUGAUUAACGCUUUAAAUCAAGUUACAAUGUUAAUUGAUUAUUUCUCCUUAAAUUCACGCGAUGAAGAAGCAAGACAAUAUUUAUAUGUAGAAAUUCCACGCUAUUAUACGUUUAAGAAAGAGAAAAUUAAUGGAAGAAAUGUAUCAUGUUGGGUCAAACGCAAAAGUCAUUAUAAUUGUAUAGGACGAAUGUAUUCCGUUAGUCCAACACAAACAGAAUUGUUUCAUUUACGACUAUUAUUACUGACUAUAAGAGGAGCUACAAGUUUUAAUGAUUUAAGAACUAUAAAUGGAGAAAUAUGUCAAUCAUUUUCAGCAGCAUGUCUAGCUUUAGGUUUAAUUGAAGAUGAUGAUGAAUGGAAACGAGCUAUGAAUGAAGCUGUUGGAUGGAUGAUGCCUCGACAACUUCGUAGAUUAUUUGUACGUAUAUUAUUACACUGUCAACCUUUACAUCCUGAAGAACUCUGGGAAAAUUUUAAAGUAACAAUGUCAGAAGAUUAUGUUCGACACUUUGGAUUGUUACAAGGACAAAGGAAAGCAUAUACGCAAAUUAAUAUUAUGCUUAGUGCUGAAGGUAAAAGUUUUGCCGAUUUUCCACAAAUGGAACAAUUGAUAGAAAACGAAGAAGAGGAUGAUUAUAGAACACUUGAAGAAACUAUAGAAAUUGGUACCAGACAAUAUGAACAAUUAAAUGAUAAGCAGAAAGAAAUAGUAGAUCUUGUAUUAAACAGACUAGAUACUAAUAAUCACAAUAGUAAUUGUAUUUAUAUCGAUGGUCCUGGUGGUUCAGCGACAUUAUUGCCAGCAGGAAAAACAGUUCAUAAAACAUUUGGAUUGCCAGUUCCAUUAUUUGCUGAUUCAUCAUCUAGGAUUAAAAUCCAAUCCAAGGAAGCAAAGUAUUUGAAAGAAACCGAUAUUUUUAUUUGGGAUGAAGCGCCAAUGGCACCACGAUAUGCUCUAGAAAUAAUGGAUCGAACAUUGCGUGAUAUCAUGAAUAAUGAUUUACCUUUUGGUGGAAAAAUUGUCGUGUUAGGUGAAAAUAUGCGAGUUCUUCCAGAGGAAACUGAAUUUGCAAAGUUUCUAUUGGAUAUGGGAGAUGGCGUAUUAAAUGAUUCUAACGAUAAUAUACAACUUCCAAAUUGUUGUAUCGCACCCAUUAAUGCUGAUAUUGUACAAGAUAUAUAUGGUGAUUUGAUAAAAAAUAAAGAAUUCAAUAAAAUAGCAAAGUGUGCAAUACUUUCCGCACGAAAUGCUGAUGUAGAUGAAAUUAAUAAACGUGUUGUCGAAUUAUUAGAAACGUUUGAAGAACGAAUUUAUACAAGUACAGAUAGUACUGAAAACUGUGGUGAUAAUGGUGACAUUGGUGAAGCUUUACUACCAGAAUAUUUAAAUACUUUAUCACCGUCAUCUCUUCCACCUUAUGAAUUGCGUUUAAGACCAAAUUGUGUCAUUAUGUUGAUUAGAAAUCUUAGUAUCAAUGAAGGUCUUUGUAAUGGUACUAGAUUAAUGAUUAUAGCACUUGGCGACCAUUUAUUAAAAUGCAAAAUCUUAACAGGUGAUAAAUACACAAAUGACAGACGUAAUGAAGAAAAUAUAUGCGAUUGCAGGGUUGCACUGGAAAAUAGCGAACGCGAAGACGGUAUAAUACCUAACUCAGCAAUAACAGGAGAUCAGUUCACGAAACUUAAAGAAGAAAAUGCAGAACUACUUCGUAAAUUGGAAUCCUUCUAA